ACACGAGCAAAAGCCCUAAUGAAGAGAAAGCGGUGUAUAUAUAAAUAAAUCAAUCGCGUGACCUUGAUAACAUUGGCCGAUCGACAACCUACAGCGCUCGCUCUCUGGAAACCCUUAUUCCGGCCGAAGGUGACGGCAAGCAGCCCAGACAAUGGCGACACCCAGAACUGUGAAAGACGUUUCUCCUCACGAAUUCGUGAAGGCUUACUCUGCUCACCUUAAGCGUUCUGGAAAGAUGGAACUUCCAGAGUGGACCGAUAUUGUGAAAACUGGUAAAUUGAAAGAACUUCCUCCUAAUGAUCCUGAUUGGUACUACAUCCGAGCCGCAUCCAUGGCCAGAAAGAUUUACUUGCGAGGGGGUCUUGGAGUUGGUGCCUUCCAGAGAAUUUAUGGAGGAAAUAAAAGAAAUGGAAGUCGCCCACGCCAUUUCUGCAAGAGCAGUGGUGCUAUUGCUCGUCACAUUCUGCAACAGUUGCAGGCAAUGAAGAUUGUUGAUGUUGAGCCAAGAGGUGGAAGGAAGAUCACAUCCAAAGGGCAGCAAGAUCUUGAUCAGGUCGCUGGAAGGAUUGCUGUUUCAACAGUUUAAUGAUUUCUCUGUUAAUUAUCUUUUAUGUCAUGCGCCUUAAAAUUUUGAGACAUUUUCUUUGAAUACUUGUAGCACUUUUGAUCUUCCCAUGGGGGUUUGUCUUGAAGCUUGAAAUAUUAAUCUCACAGACAUCCAACAUUCUACUUCGUUAUUAUUUUAUAUAUCUACAUCUAUCAUUCUGAUUUUAUGAAAUCAUCUUUCCCCCUAUUUUCAUCAUCUGCAAAUUGCGUUAUAAACAUCAUGCAUUCCGGUCACCAAUCAACGAAGUUAUAAUUUUUGCUGCUUCUAUUGAUCUAUCAUCUUCUGGAGCUUACUGUUUUUCCGUUGGAUAGUUUCAGACAUACAGUUCAAUGGUUCGCCAAUCUAAUUAUGUUAUUGAUGAUGAAGAGCUGCUAAAUCCAGACAUUUUGUAUUUGGAAUCGUUAUUACAGAAUUACAGUUAACAAAUUCCUGAACACUAUUUUCUUCAUGUAAAUAUUAUCCCUUCAUAAAAAGUCUAUCCCUUAUCAUUAACAAGACUACUGGGCAAAUUAUGUGGUGGGUAGGAUGCAUUUUCAUGCUAUUAAGGAUGUUUUUACUUGUAUUGAAAUUUGUUGGUCUGGUGUGAUAAAUUUUUAGUUAUGG